AUGGCAAAGGCCUCCCAAAGGCCAGAUAAGGAGCUCUGGAAGCGGCACAAAAUAAGAAUACUCUCCGAGACCGACAACUAUAAGACAGCCAGAGAACGAGCCAAAAAAGCUGUAGAAAGUUCAAACGUGGACACAGAAGAAGAGGUGCUAAAAGAGCGGAAAAAAAAAGUACCAUCAAAAUACUGGACCGAGAGUGAAGGAGAAUGUGAGAUUCCUACCAAAAAAAGGAGAAAAAUGUCAACAUCCUCUCAGAAGCCAUCAAGCCUCCCAAAGCCUCCAAGUUACAAACCACCUACUGACAUCACAGCUCACUCACCUGAGGAAGAUGAGCCAUCCCUUCCAAAUCUUUCAGCUAAUAAUACUUUUCAUGAUUUCCAGCAUCUCAUCGAACAAUCUGAGCAGCGGAUGCUCCUCGCAAUUGAGAGAAUGUCAACAGAUAUUUCCAAUUCUAUUGAGCGUCUGAUCCAGGCUAUUCAACAGAAUCGUCCUGGUCCGGCAACCAUCACAACACCACCACAGGAGACCAUUGAGAGGCCCUGCAAAACAUUGCAGGAGCUGCAAGCUUUCCUAUUAAAACUUGAGGGCCCAGAAGGGAAAAAAAGGAUGAUACAGUUUUUGAGCCUGAUGGGAGGUAGCAACAUUGGAGACGCUGUGAGGAGAAUCCUUCGGAAAAUAGCCACCAAUGAGGCCUGGUCAAAUUACAGCCUGAAAGGCCGAAAAGGAAAACUGACCUUCAUUGGGACAGCCCUCCACCAUAUUGUUUUAAGUGCUUGUGCCAAACAAUUUCCGAAACACACAGAAAAGGAAAUUGAUACAUGUAUAGGGGAAACCCUCAAACAUGCACCUCACCGUGCCAAGUUGGUCGCAACACCUGUAAGUUGUUUUAUUCAAUGAGAGCUCUCUCUCUCUCUCUCUAUUCUCUAGAAUAACAUAACUGUU